UGAACAACUUUUUUGUGUAAACAAGAUAGAAUUCUUUAAUAGCAUUAAUAACAUUUUAAUAUAGACAUUCAACGGGGUCCGCUUUUUCUUUUCAAUUUUCAUCUUAUGCUUUGAACGAGUAGUAUAUAUAUGCGAAUAAUGAACGACUGACACUGCCCCCUUAUAAAGCUCACAAAGUAGCUGUGAUUGCGAGGGACGAAGGCUCCAGCAGCUGGAAGAUGUAUGGAAGGUGAAUCUGCAGGCAGGUUCUUCAGUGGCCGAGUGGAGGUGCCUGGGCGCGCGUCGGGGUGCCACCGCGCUGCGCUGCCUUUGGAGCGGUUGUCCAAAUGUCCUGAUAAAUGGCAUGGCUUACAGUCUUCUUACUUCUGCCUUUGGUGUGUCAUGCUCUGAAAGCUCCCGUUACUGCCGGCCGAGCCCCAGGUCUCUCUAAGCCCAAGUGCUGCAUCCCCCAUGGUGACGACUUCGACAUCCACUGUUCCUGGGAGCCUGCGGUCAGGUCACUGUCUCCUGCAAAGUAUUUCAUUCACUGGGUGCAAGAUGACAUAGAGAAUGAAGGGAAGAGAGAUGCAAGUGACACGGGGGGAAUCAUCCCCCGCGCCAGCUUCCGGAGUCAUCAAGUCAUGUGUGUGUGGGUCACCUCCGGGGGCGUCUCCGUGGCAGAGAAGGUCUGCUUCAACACAGCUGACAUCGAACAGCCGCGUGCCCCCGAGGUGUUAAACCACACACUGAAGCCUCUGGAAAUCAUCUGGAAGGUUCCGUGUAGUAACAUGGACUCGUUACACUGUGAGGUUCAGUACCGCAUUCAGGGCGAGGAGGGCUGGAUUAAGGGCGAUGAAGAUGCUCAGGAGACAUUUCUGCUUGAAGACGUGCAGCCGUUCAGCGUGUAUGAGUUCAGAGUCAGAUGCACAUGCUCACAUGCAGCCGGGGCACCCUCAAGUGGCUGGAGCAACAGCUACAUGGUGCAGAUCGCUGAAGCAGUGCCUGUCGGAGUUCUUGAUAUGUGGAUCCAUUGUGGGGAGUCCAGUGAUUACGCAGACUGCAACCUAGUAUGGAAGGAACUGCCGCGCCAUCUUGCUCGGGGAGAAGUCACAGGAUACGGAUUAACGGUGGAGAAUGAGACCAGGGGCAUUUCUGCAGCAGAACUCAAGCCGAUGGAGGGGAUCCUGGGCACUGUAACCGAAACCCGAAGCAGAUGCUGCUUUUACACGUUACCGCUUUCCCUGCACAAGGUGACCGCAGUGCACCUUACAGCCAUCAACUCGAAGGGAGCGACAGAACCCACAUAUCUUGCCCUCCCUUCCCCCGGUAAAGCGUCAGAUCCACCGUACAAUGUGUCCAUGUUUGUCAACCCGGAGGAACAUGGAAGAAAACUCAAUGUGUCCUGGAAUUUGCCCUCGGAGGUAGUAGAUGAAUAUGUGCUGCAGCUCAAUGAACUCCGCACCCCCCCGAGGUUUGACUGGAUAAAAGUGAAUCAGUCGGGAUACACAGUGUUGGAAGGUGACUUUAGGAAUUACACCCCAUACAAUCUGUCCCUGUUUGGCAUCUCCUCAAACCGUAGACGUUUCUUGGCAAUGACCACAGUGUACACCGUCGAGGAUGUUCCUCCAAAUGUGAAAAGAUUCCAGGUGUCCAGAUUAUCCUCCUCAGAGGUGACUUUGACUUGGCAGAAGAUCCCGGUCUUCGAGAGUAGGGGAGUCAUCUUGAGAUACAUACUGGGAUUCACCAGUGAGGCAGCAGAAUACACGGUUCACCGCGACCUGGACAGCUACAGCAUCUCAGGCCUGCAGCAGGGCCGCAGCCACAUGGCCUGGAUCCGUGCGGAAACGAAAGCUGGCAAGGGAGCCCGGAGCACCAUCAACUUCUUCAUCCCAGCCUCCACUGAUGUUUUGACAGUGGUCUUAAUUACGGUUUUCCUUGCUGUAGUGCUGUGUCUGCUCUGGUAUUGGGGGCAACGGAGCGUGUCCUGCUUUUUGUUACCCACCUGGUGCCAUGACAAAGUACCUGACCCAAACAACAGUCGCCUGUUCAAACCUGACCAGAAUAUAGGCAUUUGGGAAAGUUUAGGUUCCCCUGAGUCCACCCAGAAAAUGUCCUGUCUGGAAGUGGUUGAGAGGGAAGACUUUAAAGGCAAGGACUUUCCAGAGGAGAAGGACACACCCAGAGUACACCUGGAGAAUGAAGUGGAGGAGGAGCAGAUUUCAGAGGAUGGUGAAGACGCAGCUUUGGCCCAUUCUGCCGUGAGGAACGUGGAGGGAGACCCAGGCAGUGGAGUGAACAGCUACAGCGAGAUGAACGACAGAGAAGGCGCAGAAGUAGAUGGUGCGAGUCUGGAGGGGACGUCCUUCCCAGACUAUGAGAAGCACUUCAUGCCCUGCCCAUGUGAUGUGUAAAAUCUUAAGCCCACUACUGGUACCUGGAAUAAGGAAGACUGUACAGCACAAAGCAUUUAAACAGCAGAACACUGACACAGUGCUUGUAGCUUCAUCUUUGUUUGUUUUGCUCCUUAUUUGCUUGUAGUAAAUAUUUCACAUUUUUUGUAAGAGUUUUAUGUGUUAUUGAGUAUUAUGUAAAUGUUGCACACAACUUUUCCAAAUAUCUGUUAGCAUCGAGUAAUACAUGGCAAUUGCACACUCGCAUGUUAAUUUCAUACGGGUUUCACACCUAUUCUGAUGCCACUAAAGGCUUUCCAAUUUGGUGCAAUAACUGAGCCACUCAAACAGCAAACUGAAACCUUUACUUUGUGAUAAGCUGACUUGAAACGGAAGCAACAGGCCUCAGUACUUGGAUGUCUUCACACUGGUAUUAUGUGUCACAUUUGUAAAUGACACCUGGCCAUGACUGUAUAAUUGGCCCCAAAGUAUCUUGAAGCUGUUUUGAACUUUAAAGAAAAACACACUCUAUGUCUGUUUACUGCAUCAUUCUAAUAAACUAUAUCCAUAUGAUGAAGGAUUACUAUAUUAUUAUAAA